AUGGUAUUGUUACCAAUUACUUUAGUCCUGAUUACUUUAGUACUGGCAUGGUACUUCGUUGGGACAUAUAAUGAAAAUUAUUGGAAAAAACGUGGUGUUGUCUUCUACAGCAAAAACAAAGUCUUAGGACCAAUGUGGGAUUUCUUAGUGUCACCACGUCCCCUGUUCCAAGUCUUUGGAGAUCUGUAUAAACAAUACAGACAUGAACCCGCCAUUGGUAUGGGCCAGCUAUUAACUCCAUCGAUGUUUGUCAUCAAUCAGAAAAAUGUUCAGCAAGUUCUAUCAGGUGACUUCCAAUCUUUUAAUCACAGAGGCAUUGAAAGUAUUGAAGGUGACCAACUAAGUGAUAAUAUUACCUUCAUGAAUGGUCCAAGAUGGAAGUUGAUGCGAUCAAAUAUGACUCCAUUGUUCACGGCAAACAAAUUGAAGAACAUGUAUUACAUCAUGGACAAAAGUGCUCAAGACUUCGUGCAAUAUUUGAAAAACAAUCCCAAGACGACCGAAGGUAAUUUAUUUGAAACUCUUAUGAUGUUCUGUAAUGCUGCUGUUUGUGGAGCUAUCUUUGGCAUUGGAUCAGAGUCAAUCUUCGACACACCUUUCCUCAAGGUUGCGAAAGGCUUAUCCCAAUCAAAUUUAUCGGUGAGGUUGAAAUUCGUAGGGUUUCUUCUAAGCCCGAAAGUGUGUUCAUUUUUGGGCUUAAAAAUGUUCAAAGAACAUGAAGAUUUCUUUGUUAAAUCAAUUGGUGAAGUGUUGAAACGAAGAAAUCAGGAAAAUGUUAAGAGACACGACUUUGCUGACAUUGCUUUAGCUAUACAGAAGAACGGUACAAUGAAAGACCGUACAACAGGAUACGAGAUAGAGCCUACGACGGGUAUACUCUCUGCACAGGCAUUGUUCUUCUUUACUGCUGGUGUAGAGCCUUGUGCUAAUGCAAUCUAUGCGACGUUAUAUCUUCUGAGUGUACACCCAGAAAUAUUAGAAAAAGUGCAGCGAGAGAUAGAUGAACAUUUUGAAAAAUACAAUAACAAUAUAACCUACGACGUCAUUAGUGAAAUGGAGUAUACAGAAAAGGCUCUGAGUGAAGCGAUGAGAGUAUUCCCUCCAAUUGGAUUUUUGACAAGACAAUGUGUUCAGGAUACUGUCUUACCUGUUGGUAAUAUUCGAGUACAGAAAGGAACCAAAAUGUUCACUCCAGUUUAUGAUAUCCAUCAUGACCCAGAACUGUAUCCAGACCCAGAAGUGUUUGACCCUGAGCGAUUCUCCAAGGACAGGAGACCUAAUGACGACAUUUACAUGCCAUUUGGGAUGGGUAACAGGACGUGUAUAGGUGCCAGGUACGCCAAGUUGCAAGUGCAGGCUGGCUUGGUGCACGUCUUACGUAACUUCACUGUUACAUCGAAGCAAACAGAUAAAACGGUAACAUUUACGCACGACGCGUUUAAUGUGAGACUAAAAAAUGUUGAUGUUCAGCUUAUUCCUAGAAAUGUGAAAUAG